AUGGCCGCUGACGUCAGUGCUCGUGUCCAUCUCGUGGCCGAGAAACUGCAGCUAAAAGCGCAGGAUGCACAGCGUAAGGGCAACACUAAAGCGUCCGAAGCUCUGUAUGCUUCUGUGUCUGAUCUACGACAGGCAUUAGCGCUUAUCUCGGAGCAACGGCAUCUUUUAACACGACGUAAAGGCGAAGGCUCCGACGAAGAAGAAGAUGACGCUGAUGCGGCCGUUCAGACGAUUGUUACGCGAUUAUUAAGAGUUAAGACGACAUUGGGGAAGAAAGCAGAAGAUAUGAAGACAAAAGGGAACGAGAAGGCAGCUACAGCGUUGCAGCAGUCGGCAAUAGCAGUGGAUCAAGGGUGUUUACGGUUAAAAGAGCAGCAGCAGACGAUCUUUGGGCUAUUGGGACGGUGGGAAAAGAUGCAGAGUGUUGUUAUUGGUGAGAUGAGAGAGAGAACAGUGAGCAGUGAUGGAGAAGAGAAGGAGGUACAGGAGAAAGAGGAGACAGAAGAGAGGAAAGUGAUUGCUAGAGUGCAAUAUCUUGUACAGCUUGGUGAGGUGAUUGCAGAGGUUUUUCCAGAAUGUCAAAAGGUGGAAGACGUGCAGAAGGAGGCGGAAAGGUUGAAACAGGAGGCGGAAAGAGCGAGAGAAGAGGUGGAGGAAAUGAAAGUGGUGAUACAGAGAGUUAAGAAGAGAGAGACAGUGAGACAGGAAGAGGAUGCUGCACUGUUGGAGCAACAACGAGAGGCGUGUCAGGCCAUGGAGCAAUUGGUGCGCGAAAGUGAUGAGGAGAUUCAUCGGAUGACGAAGAGUGCAAUGACACGAGCUGAAGAAAUGCAGUCGCUGAAAAUUGAAAUGGAGAGUCUGGUUGUGGAGAAGGAUCGUCUCGUGAGAGCUCAUAGGGAUGAGAUUGAGGAGGUGCAGGGACAAUUAGCGAGUGCGAUGGAUGCUCUCUCGACAAAGAUGGACGGCGAGAAAUUGCAGGCUGAAGAGAUGCAGAUAUUGCAAACCGAGCUGGACAGUGUAAUUUUGGAGAAGAACAACCUUGUUAAAGCACAUGCGGAUGAAGUGGAUGAGCUUCGUCGACAACUUGAGAGUGCAACGGCUUCUCUCUCCGCAACGUCGGCGGACACAGCAGAAGCUAAUUGCGAAGAGCUACAGGCGUUGCUGGCCACGGUCGAUACUUUAACUGCGGAAAAGGAGAAUCUGAUUAAAUUGCAUGUCAAUGAAGUGAAAGAGCUUCAGAAGGCACAUUCACACGAAAUGGAAGAUCUUCGUCAAAAGUUUGACUGUGCCAUGAAUGAUGUUUCUACAAGUAUAGAAGCGAGUGGAAGGGCAAGUGUCGGAAAAGUGCAGGGGAUGCAGGCCACGGACAACUUGAUCUCUGACAAAGAAGAUCUUGCAAAGCCGUAUGCGGAGAAGGUUGAGGCGCUUCAAAAAGCACAUAGAGACGAAGUUGACGAUCUUCGUCGACAGCUCGAGAGUGCGACAUCUCUUCUUUCGGCAAGUGUGGAGAAGAUGAAUGGAUCAAAUGCCGAAGAAUUGCAGUCGUUAAGAGACAAAGUAAAUGACUUGACCUCAGAAAAAGAGGACCUUGCGAAAACCCAUGGUAACGAGCUCGAAAAACUUUGGAAGGCGCAUGUGGCCGAACUUGAAGACCUUCGCCACCAGCUUGAAGCCACCACAGAUGAUAGAGCUGACCACGCUACAAAGACUAAGGAGAGGCCCGAGUCAACUUUUGACGAACUACAGCAGAUACGGGCCGAGGUGGGUGCUCUAAUCAUUGAGAAAGAUCGCCUUGUAAGAGAACAUGCAGUAGAGAUUGAUAAGCUUCUUCACCAGGUGAAGGGUGGAAAAGCCGGCGAAACAAGCAAGGAGGAGUCUAGUGUCCACGAUAAUGAAUGUGAUGGUGAAUGUGUAGUGAACGAUGACGUACCUGUUAUGGAGUUAGAAGAAGACGAGCAUCAGCCAGCUGAUAUUGCAGAUGAAGACAAAGCGAAUACAAACUUAGAUGAUGACAGUGACUCCAAGAAUGCAAUGGAUAGUUUGAAUGCAGGGAAGGAUCAUGCAGAGUCUCAGGAAAAAGCAGAGCUUCUCGCUAACGAAGAGACAAACGUCGUUGACAAGCUUCGAAGAUCACAUGAAGAAGAGACAAGAUGUUUGAUUCAGCGCCUUGCCGAUAGCGAAGGCAUGCGCGAGUCCCUUGUUACACAGCUGAAGGAGAUGAAAAGUGAGCUUGCAGCUAAAUCAGCUGAGCAAAAGGAGGCUGCAGAAGCGCUUAUACACUGUAAAGCUGAGCUUUGUGCCUGUCGUUCCGAAUUAGAAGCUCAAAUUGUUGAGUGCAGUCAAUUGAAGAGCGAGUUGGAGGCAGUGCGACAUGCAGAGGCUGCUAAAAGCGGAGAGAUUGACGAGCGCUUGUCGGAGUUCACUACUGAACUGCGCAAAGUCGUCAUUGCUGUGAGGUCCCGUGACAGCGAGGCAAUGCGUGACAGCAAGUUGUGGCAGUCUCCAGAAGUGAAAGAGCUAUGUAGCGGGCUUGCACCACUACUGGUUGAUCUGGUGUCCGCUCCAGACCGGAUACAUGCAAUAGAGGAGCAACUGAAAUUGAUGUGUAGCGAGCGUGAUAACGAGAAACUGAUGAUUGACCAGUUUGUAAAGACAUCAGAUUGGCGUUUGUUCGCGAAAGAUGACGAGAAAGCGGAUGAAGUUACGGGAUCCCUGGAUAUGGAUUUACAGGAGCGUUUAUCUGUUGCCAAGAUCAACAUCCACCGCUGGCUAGAUGAACUGCAGUUGCUUCGUGACCGCGUUGAGAAGGACUUGGUAAAGCUGAAUACGUUGGAGCACGAGAAGCUGCAACACCAGAAACGAUUGGUGGCACUCGAAGAAUCUGAGCACGACCUCCACCUCCUGGUAGAGUCAUUGAGAGAAGAAUUGGAAGUCAUGCGAACUGAGAAUCAGGAAGCCGUAAAAUUUGCGGAAAGGCUAAAGGCUCAAAACCAUUCAGCUAGUAUCCAGGAGCAACAGCAGCAGGCAGCUCAGCAGGAAGAGGUCGCUGAGUUACAGCAACAGCUAGUUACAGUGCGUAGUGACUUUGAUCGGUACCGUGCUCGGUCACAUACAGCGCUGAAGAAGAUGGAAAAGCGCGCAGAGCUUUUGAACGGUAUGCGAAAGGAGAACGAGGAUUUGCUCAAGCAAGUAACGGAGAGUGAUAGACAGCGAGAAGAGGCUAUUGCUGCCCGUGAGGACAGCGAGUCUCGCCUCCAGGAGGUGCAGCGUACACAGGAGAUGAUGCAGGCAGAGUUCGAGCAACUUGCAACGGAAAAGUUGUGCAUUAUUGUCAAGCUGAAAGACCAAGGAGAGCGAUUGGCUGCAGACCGAGAACAAAUAGAAGCGAAAAUUCAGGAGCUGGCAAUCAAAACGCAAGAGCUAGAAAUGGAGAAGAAACGAAUUGUAGUGGAAAGUGAUCGCAAUAAGAAAGCAGAGCAGGCAGCUUUUCAUGCUCAGCUUGAUACCGCCACGGCGGUGGCGAUUCGAACCGCAAAGCUGGAUUUGCAAAAGGUGCAUGAUGCUCUUGAAGUAAGCAAGGCGGAGAAUGACAAGCGGCAAAGGCAUAUUGAGUCUUUAGAGUUACAGCUGGAGAAGCAAUCCCGUACAGCAGCAACAUUUGACACGAAGACUAAGUCUCCAGUUGAAGCCAACGUUGUUAUCCCUGCCCCUGUUGCUUAUGUCUCACCGCUUGCGUCGUCCGCAGCUAAAGAGAAAACUAAUGUGGCCGGUCUAGUGAAGGAAGUGAGCGUAUUGAAAGCAUCAGGUGCUUCCCUAAGGAAACAGCUGGAUGACGCCCAGGCUGAGUUGGUUGCUCUGCAAGAGCGUUUUGCUACGACUAAAGCUGCUAAUGCAGAGAAGGUGUUUGCGUUGGAGGAGAAAAGCAAUCACUGGAAGAUGGAGUUAGCGGUUGCGACCGAAGAAGUACAGCGUCUGAACACCGUCGUUGAAGCGCAGAAGAAAAUGGUUCCGCAACCACUAACUAAUGGUACAGUAAAAUUAGCCACAGAUAAGACAAAGGAAGGUCAGACCUCUGCAGCGCGGAUGCACGAGUUAUUGGAACAAAAUCAGAGCCUUACAGCGGAGCUAGCUGAUGCCAACACAGAAAUCACUUUACUGACGAGGGCGUUGGAUGAUUGCCGAACGGAGUUGCAAGAAGCGCAGAGUCAACUCGAACAGCUUGCAUUGUUAUCAUCUGAGCCCGAAAGCUGUGAGGAUUCCAGUGCCAUUUCGAAGGCGAAGAAAGCACUGGAUCUGAGGGAAGAGGCGAUAAAGAAGUUGCGUGUACAGGUAUUUAAUAUGCAGGAAGAGAUGCAGACACUUCGAAAAGAGAAGACAGCUCUUGAGCUCAAAGUGGAAAAAGGAGAAUUGAAUGAGCUGCAGGCUUGUCGGGAUAACAUACAGUCUGAAAAGGUGCGCGCGAUGCAAGUGCAGAGGCGGCAAACCUUGGUGUCAGGUUUCGAGAAGCAGGUGGUGACGACGGUGGACGAGCUACAACAGCGACUGGAGCAACACUCCAGUGCUUUCCGUGAAGUGUGCGAUUUUCGUGACGAACAUUGUUCUUUUCUAUUUUCGGAUGGAGAUGGAGGAUAUAGCAAUUCAUCUCAAGCUGUGGAACAUGCUGAUGAUCCGGAGUUUGAGGAGUGUUUGGUGAUGAGAAGUGGCGUGGUGAUUAAAGCUGGUACUAGCUUCGAACUACCGGUAUUUUGCGAGAAGAGCGGCUGGCGUGUGGUGUGGAGCUUCUCAAUAAAGGAGGAUGGAGCUGAUGUUUCGUUCAAGUUGUCGGCAAGAACAAAGGAUGAGACGUCGACCGAGACAGAGGUUGUAUCUCCUGAGAGAAUGAACGAGAUGUCAGGGGUACUCCCGGUGCGGCAUGAUAACACGACGCUCGUGUUCGAAUGGGAUAAUACCUUCUCUUGGCUCAAUGAGAAGACAUUGGACUACCACGUCUCUAUCCAAGAGCCGCUGACUCCGCAGGCACAAAAGGUCCGACGUACUGAACGUGAACAUCACACCAAGGCAAAGCUUCUGGAAGAUGGUCUGGCACUUCUUCAAGCCGAGGCCCAGCGUCGUUCCGAGUUGUCAGAUACCUUGAAGCGACUUGGUGAGUGUGAGGCUACCAAGGAAACACAUUUGGCAGAGUUUAAGGCUCGCAAGACCGAGCUGUUGACACAGAAGAAGAGGUUUCAGGAAGAGAUGGAUGAGCAAAAGGUGUUGUUUUCAGCCAUGCUUGAAGAACAAGAUGAGCUAGAGGAUAUUGAACGUAGCAUCGUCAAAACUUGGGAGUCCGCAGUUUCUGAGCGAGAAGAUGUUGAAAUGACGUUGCAGCUGGCAGGAAAUGGUGCACAGCUAGAAGUACUGGCUCACAAGAUGAAAGAGCAGGCACAAUUUGUUGCAGAGCAAUUGAAGAAUCCCGGUUGUACUGCUCCUACUGCUGAGACUAGCAAAACAAGCGAUGAAAAAGUGAGAUCAUCGUAUGCUGAAGAUAAAGUGGAGAAAUCAAAUUCUGAAUGCGAGACUAAGAUGAAGAACGAGCAGUGA